UCUACAGUACAUAGUAAUCAAACUCUCGACGUUAAAUAAGGAAGACCUCCGCUCCACGGCUCCGGAAAUUUUUGAUACUUUCCACUUCAGGUUACGAGGUCACGACAACUAUACUAGGCAGCACGGUCAUUUCUAUAAUCUCCGCACUCCUAUUACUUUUCCAGCGGCGUAGACGUCGAAUCCUCGUAGCUUGGGGGGGCAAGUCUUAACUAUUUAAUCAGCCACACGCUCUUCGUCAACUACCAAAAUCAACUUGCUCAGGGCCUGUUAGUCAGUAUUAGGACUUUCGUACGACAUUUUCAAGAUAUAUAAGCCGGCGGUACCGAGUUAUUAUUAUUAUUAUUAUUAUUAUUGUUAUUGUUAUUAUUUAACCCGUCGUCCAAUAUAAAUUAUUAUUCUAUCCGCCGUUUGGACGUUCGUAGGAUCGGCUUCGGCAGUGCAUGGCUUUUAGUUCGGCUCGCCCCUGAUCCGCCCAUUUAAUGAGAUCUGCGACCUGAGGUCACGGUCGUCUUUAUAUACAUUAUUGCACUCUAUACUUUUCGAGAAUCAGUCAUCGCAACCUCAAUCACGCCAUCUCUAAUUAUACACGAUAUCUAAGAUGGCGUUCCCUUGGCGGGUUGUCGCUGCUAUAUCUCUUAUUUCGACUUACUUUAUUACGUCUCGUCGGCCACCGUGGAGCAUAUCACAAUUGCUUAGCACUUUCGUCGCCACGUGGAUUUUACAGUCUUUCUUCGUGGGUAUCUGGAAUGUAUUCCUCUACCCUUUUUACUUUUCCCCGCUACGUCACCUUCCAGGACCGACAGGCGGCUCUUGGAUCAACGGACAAUUUAAAGAAGUAAGAGAGAAGCCGACGGGUAUACCUAUGAGAGAGUGGGUUACCAAUAUUCCAAAUGAUGGUCUCAUCCGGUAUCGUUUCCUUUUCAACACAGAACGUCUCCUCGUAACAGGGCCAAAAGCCCUAGCAGACCUCUUAGUGGCGCGAAGUUAUGAUUUCCAGAAGCCAUCAAAUGUUCGAUUUGGUCUCAGCCGUCUUCUAGGCGUAGGUAUACUUCUAGCAGAGGGCGACGAGCACAAGUUUCAACGUAGAAACCUCCUGCCGGCCUUUGCAUUCCGGCACGUCAAGGAGCUUUACCCAAGCUUCUGGCAAAAGGGCCGCGAAUGUGUUCAGGCUAUGACAAGCAGCAUCAUCGCCGAUGCGCAGAACGAGACGUCUGUGGCAGACCCCGAGAAGGCCAAGAAGACUGGAGUUUUGGACGUCAGUGUUUGGGCAUCUCGCGUGACCCUAGACAUCAUUGGAGCUUCAGGCCUCGGAAGAGACUUUGGUGCAAUCCAAGAUCCGGAAAAUGAACUCAAUCAGACGUAUCGAAGCGUGUUCAAGGUUUCCAGGCAAGGCCAAAUUCUCUCUCUUCUAGCACUAUUCAUUCCGGAAUGGGUAUUGUCUAAGCUUCCUCUCCAACGCAACACCAAUGUAUACGCAGCAUCGAGGAAAAUUAGAAGCAUAUGUCGGGAUCUGAUUCGAGAAAAAAAGGAAAAGUUGGCACGCAACGAGCUCAAGGAGCGUGACAUACUUUCGGUCGCCUUGGAGUCUGGCGGUUUCACGGAAGAGAAUCUUGUGGACCAGUUGAUGACUUUCCUAGCCGCUGGCCACGAAACUACAGCCACUGCGAUGACGUGGGGUGUAUACAUGCUUGCUAAGAACCCGGAAAUCCAGAAGCGGCUCCGUGCCGAAGUCCGCGAGAAGCUACCGCCGAUCGACUCGGACCGAGAAGUCACCAGUCUCGAUAUCGACCACAUGCCUUACCUAAACGCCGUCUGCAACGAAAUCCUGCGCUACUACUCCCCGGUGCCGCUUACGAUCCGCGAGGCGGCCGUAGACACUGUGCUUGCAGGGCAAAAGGUGCCCAAGGGAACCAUGCUUGUUAUAUCACCGUGGGCGACUAAUUUCGACAAAAGCAUGUGGGGACCCGAUGCGCACGAGUUCAACCCGGAGCGGUGGGUGCCAAAGGGCCCCGACGACAAGAGAGCCGCCAGCGGCGGUGCUACAAGCAACUACGCUUUCAUGUCGUUCCUCCACGGGCCCAGGAGCUGCAUCGGCCUGUCCUUCGCAAAGGCCGAGUUCGCGUGCCUGUUGGCGUCUUGGGUCGGUCGGUUUGAGUUCUCGCUGAAGAAUAAGGAGGAGGAGGACGAGAGGAAUGUAGAAAUCAGGGGCGGCAUCACUGCUAGACCGGUUAGAGGGAUGCAUGUCUAUACUACGAUUGUGGAUGGAUGGUGAUGUGUAUAUGGUGCGCUCUGGACAUGAUCGCUAAUGUAUGAUUCGAUGUUUAGAUUAGUUACGUAUUAUGACAUACAGCUUUACAUAUUGAUUCCUCUCGUAUCAUCGUUUUAUCGCCUCGA